GAGGCGAGGGACAGAAUUCCCGGAAGGGGGAGUAACUUUUACCCCAUCACAGGAAGUUUGACGUUCUGACGUCUGCACAAGUUUCAAACAAAAACGUGAUCGUUUGAAACUACGUAACAAAUUGUUUUCUUUUCACUGGACAUUUAAUUUAACGUAACGGUCUGGCCAAGAUGGCAGGAGUAAAGCUUUAAAGAAUGAUUGGUAGGUAGAGCAGGGAUUCUCCAAGCAUUAAGUCCUGUUCAGUCAACCGAACCCGCUUGAAGUAUUCUGAACGUUAUCGCAAUACUCGUCAUGCUGAAGAUUGUCGUUCCUGAGCAAUCGGAACUAUAAUUAGCCAACCCUGGGCUGUAAUAAUGUAAUGAGACCUCAUGGGUUUCAUUCAGCACCAUGAUACGCCAGCCAAGCCCUAUCAUCGCCCACCUCAAUCAAACAGGCUACGCCGAUGAUGGCAGCAACGAGGCGCUGACGGAUUUUGUCACCAAAGCCAUCUUGGCGGCGGUGGGAAGCGGAGCCUUGCACACCACCACCACGAACAACGCCAGUGAUGACCACCUGGCCUGCGACCCCAGCUCGAGCAGCGACUGGCUCCUGGUGCAUCCAGUGUGCUCCACAAGGUAUAGCUCCAUGGCUGUAUUUGUGCUUGUGGCCAUAGUGUUGUCCUUCAUAACGUUAUGGACCAUUCUGGGGAACGUGCUGGUCCUCUUAGCCUUAUGUCGGUACGGCACUCUCAGGACAAUGUCAAACUGCCUCAUAGGAAACUUGGCAAUAAGCGACCUCCUUCUAGCGAUCACUGUGCUCCCUAUAUCCACUGGGCAUGAUCUUCUCGGAUACUGGGUGUUUGGUCAGCUGACCUGCACCCUCUGGCUCUGCAUGGAUGUCCUGUACUGCACGGCUUCCAUAUGGGGUCUUUGCACUGUGGCCUUCGACCGCUACAUGGCGACAGUAUACCCGGUCUGGUACCACGACCAGCGGUCAGUCCGAAAAGCCAUUGGGUGCAUUGUUUUUGUGUGGAUAUUUUCUAUAAUCAUUUCGUUCGCACCUUUUAUAGGAUGGCAGUAUAUGAUACCGAGCUUCUUCUCGUUCAACUCUCGCGUUCAGAGAUACGAGUGCAUACUCUUCACGACAAGCAGCUACGUCUUAUAUUCGGCCAUGGGCUCCUUCAUCAUCCCGGCCAUUCUCAUGGCCUUCAUGUAUGUCCGCAUAUUCGUCGUCCUGCACAAUCAAUCCAAAGGGAUGAAGCUGAAGUCAAGCCUCAAGUCACCGAGUCGGAAAAACUGCAACGGCUGCCCUGCGAUACGCGAGCCUUCGGUCGAGGCAGUAAACGGCGUGGGGCGUGAUGCGACCGCUACCACCAUCGUGAUCGACACUGCUGAGAGUACUCAAGAUACGGACAACAACGCUGACUCUGAUCAGAGAGUCGAGACCGACCAGUUGUUGGGUUUCUUCCAUAAUGACCGCACCAAGGAUUUCUCUUCAAACGGCCACAACCAGCAUACAGGCUAUUCCCCGAUAUCUCAGUGCAAAAGAAAUAGUUUUAUUCUUCCAGAGGAGCUCAAAAAAACAAAGGCGUUGCCGAAAAAUUUUCUAGGAAUGGUAGAUUUAGACAGACGAUUCAGCCACAGUCCGGUCAUACAAAGAAGCGCCUCUGAGAUGGGCAACAUAGACGCUAAUAAGCACGAGCUUGCCCUUCCGCCAGUGUGCCACAGGAGCAAAAGUGCCAACGUGUUGAGCAUGGACGAUGAGUCGCUGGCGGCGCCAACGAUUCCCCGGCGCUCUCUCCCAAACAACGUGACCGGGUUAAGUCGCAACAAUCGAAUGACGCUGAGUAUGAAGCGGAGGUUUGAGCUCCGGGAGCAGCGAGCCACCAAGCGCAUGCUGCUGAUCAUGGCGUGCUUCUGCGUCUGCUGGAUGCCCUUCCUCUUCAUGUACAUUCUCCGCAGCGUGUGCGACACGUGCGACAUGAACCAGCACCUGGUCGCGGCCAUCAUCUGGCUCGGCUACGUCAACUCCAGCCUUAACCCCGUCCUCUACACUCUGUUCAACGACGACUUCCGGGGAGCUUUCAAAAGACUUAUAGGCUUCCGGUCUACUGCCCGGACGAGAAGUCCGCGACUAUGGAGAUAAGAAAUAUUGACAACCUGCAUGACCUUGAACCCAAAACAUUUCGUGCUUGUUAUCAAAUUUUAGAAAUUACAGACGUUGCUUCAAAAUAGAAGAUUUUUUUUGUACGUACUAAGAGAUUAUUACGACGGAGAAUAUAGCUCAUUGCGACAAUAACCUAGACUGUCAAUCAUUGCUCAAAGAAAUGUGUGUGUGUGUGUGUAUGUUUCACUGGAUAUACGUGAGUGUGCAUAUGUAUGCGUACGUGUGGUAGACCGAUUGAUUUCCAUCUGUUUCAAGAGAGAGGUGAAAAAGAGGAUAAGGAUUAAGGAGAAAGAGGAGGGCCUUGAGGAGGGAUACACUUUAAUGGCACUACUUCUAUCAGAUUUUCAGACAGCAACGUUCUUUGAUAUUACCCAUUUAUUAGUCUGUGAUAAUCAGGUCUGAGCACUGACUUGUGUUACGAUUUGUUUGUUUUUUCUUGAGCUAAGUUUUGUAAACACACGUUUUAAAAGACGAAUGCAAAAGACUUUGAUGCUGCUGAGUCUCUCGUCUAUUAUACUGGAAGUACCAUGUGAGAAUCUGCGACAUUGCGGUUUUGUAUUUAUUUCAGCGUUUAAGAGACUUCUUGUUAUAUACUGUUAUGCAAUCGUGUAGAAGUGUGUUAAGCCAUUACUAAUCCCAAGAUCUUUUAACUCAGAAUGUUACAGCCAGGUGCCAGAUAAAUUAAUGAUCUAAAAGUGUUUUUAAAGCAGCGAUUUCAAACAAAUUACACUGAUACAUGCCUUCCUCAUGACAGUGAAUUUCUGAAUAAGACCAUCUUGAUUUUAUACACGUUGGUAUGAAUGGGACAUUUCCUAUUGGAGAUUUCAACGAUACACUAAACAAUGUCAAGGACACUUUACUGUUGCCAGAUAAAUAAAAAAAAGACGAGUGUAAUUUUAACAAUUUGAAUAUCUUACUGCGAGUCUUUUACUACCGCUAGUUAGUUGCCCAUUUCUUUUAAACAUUUUCAAGUGAAAUUUUAAAAAAGUCUACUACUUAUUCAAUAUUGAAAUUUUGUGCUACAAACGGAUACACCAAUAAGGAAGCUAUUUAUAGUUUUUUCCACCAUCUCUGAUAAUCUCCAAUAAAUCUGCUUGUAGACAUAAAUGGGGAUUGCCAUCAAUGGAGAAUAACUGAUCAAAGUAGAUGAUGGAUGCG